AUGCCUACCGUUUCCGUGCCUAAGGACGAGUUCCUGCGCCGCCUUGGCGGCUCCCUGACACUCCCGGAGCUGGAAGAGCUGUGCUUCAGCUUCGGCGUCGAGUACGAGGAGUGUCUGUUGGAUGAUAACGGCAUAGAGGUGAUUAAGAUUGAGAUUCCUGCGAACAGUCGAAGUUCACUCGUCCGUACAUCUUCGCGGCAUGCCUGCGCGGCGUGA